AUACAUAAGAAACAUUUUCGGCUUUUAACGGUUACUUGCCCGGUAGAAGUUUGUUGUCAAAAUGGCGGCAAACAAGGAGGCUAUAGCUAUCAUUUUAGAUGUCGGACCAUCUAUGAACCAGGCCCCACCAGGGGUUGCAACAGCAUUAGAAACAGCAAUCGAAGGCAUCAACAUGAUUCUACAGAGAAAGAUGUUUUCCGAAUCAAAAGAUGAGGUUGCUCUCAUCUUGUUUGGAACAACAGAGGCAGACAACCCACUUGAUGAUGGCAGGAGUUACCAGCACAUAACCUUGAAGAGACAUCUGGCAGUGGCAGACUUUGAUUUGCUGCAGAUGGUCCAGACAGACUUGCAGCCAACUGACACACCAGGGGAUUUUGUCGAUGCUUUAGUGGUUGCUUUGGAUCAUUUAGAAAAUGCCACAAAGGGCAAAAAAGGCUUUGCUACGAGGCGAAUUAUUUUAUUUUCUGACCUGGGUAGCCCUUUUGGGGAUCAAGAGUUGGAUACAAUUAUCCAUGCGAUGCAGAACACAACUCCUAAGACUGAACUUAAUGUGAUAGGGCCAAAUAUUACUGAUGAGGACGGUGAUGGGGGUGACACAGCCAGAGGUUCAAAAGGAGGAGCCGACGCCCAUCCACAUGGAGCACGGAAAGAAAAAACUCCACAGCAGAGAUCGGGCGAGGCGCUGAUGAAAUACAUAGUUGAUCAGGUUGAUGGGGAGUGCUACAGUUUUAGUGAAGCUCUUCCAGCUUUGAGCUACUUCCAAUGCAGGCAGGUAAAACCAGUGGCUUGGAAGUGUCAACUGGAGAUUGGAAACUUGGAAAUUCCCAUCUGUGGCUAUUCUAAAGUGAAAGAAUAUAAAUUAAAACAAAGCUGGAAGAAAGUUUAUGCACAAAACCCAGAACUUGUUCCUGGAAACUUGCGCACUUAUCACAUGAAUAAUGAGGAGGAGACGGAGAUAGAGAAGGAGGAUAUGGUGGAAGGCUAUAGGUACGGUAACACUAUUGUACCAAUGACUGAGGAUGACAAAGAUAACAUGAAGUACAAAGCUGAAAAGUGUCUUAAAGUUUUGGGAUUCACCAAGUCUGAAAACUUCAAAAGACACCAUAUUCUGGGUGAUGGUGUCCUCUGUGUAACAGCUGAAAAGGGAGAUGAGACAGCAGCCGUUGCUCUAUCAGCUUUAAUUAAUGCCUUGUAUGAUACCAACACAGUAGCCAUCGCCAGACGAGUUUAUGCCUCCAACUCAUCUCCAAGAAUUGGUUGUCUCAUACCUCACAUCAAGGCUAAAUAUGAGUGUCUGCUGUGGAUGGAGCUGCCCUUUUGUGAAGACAUCAGAACCUUCACCUUCGGCUCCCUGCCUUUACAUGAAGAUGUUGUUGUAAACAAGAAGUACAAGCCUACAGAUGACCAGUUGAAUAAAAUAGAUGCAUUAAUAGACAGUAUGGACCUAACAGCUGCUUUAGAAGGUGAAGAUGGAGAGAAAGAGGAAGCUCUUAAACCCAAGUUAACUUUCAACCCUUACUUCCAGCGAGUUUAUCAGUGUUUACUGCACCGAGCACUGAACCCAGUGAAAUCCCUGCCAGAGUUAUCCCCCAUGGUAGCAGACUACCUGCGGCCGCCUGCCACAGUGGUCAGCAAGAGCCUGCCAGUGCUGCAGGAGCUGAAGAAAGCCUUCAAGCUGGAAGUGCUGGACAAGAAGAAGGACCAGGCUGGUGACAAUGUUUUUAAUAAACAAAAUGAAGCUGACACAAAUGCCCCUCCACAAAAGAAACUAAAACUGGAUGACGACUUAGAAGGAGGACUAAAGAAUAUAACUAAAGCCAACAUUACUGAGGUUGGUACUGUCAUGCCCAUUGAGGACUUUAAAGCAUUGAUUGGUCGGCGUGAUGAUGAUCUAUUUGAUGAAGCAUGUCAACAAAUGCAGAGACGUAUAGAGGAAAUUGUGAUGCAGUCAUUUGGCCAGCAGACAUACUCCAAGGCCAUGGACUGUCUAAAGACAUUGAGAGAAGAAUGCAUUAAGAAAUUAGAGCCAGGAGUGUACAAUGCUUUUGUGAAAAACUUCAAGAAUACACUUAUAGCCAGGUCAAAGAAAGACUUUUGGGAGCAUAUUGUAAAAGCUAAACAAGGCUUGAUACCAAAAUCUGAAUGUGAAGAGAGCCGAGUCACACAGGAAGAGGCUGAUCAAUUUGUAGCAGAAGAUGUCAAGCCAGAGCAGACGUCAACAAAACAAGAGGAGGAGACAACAGAUGAUCUUCUCAUGGAUCUUUGAACUUGUCAUUUUCUUGAUUCAACUUGUACGAAAGAUCAUGUUACCUGGGUAUUUAGCAUUCCUUGAAAUUUUUUAGAUGUAGGAAAAUGGUUGCUUCAAAUAUGUGAUUCUGUGUUACAAAUAGUCAUUUUUAUUUCACACAUUGUGUUAAUCACAGGUUAGAUGUUGCUUGUAGCCCGGUUGCUUGUGUGGCAUUAUACAUUUACAAUUUAGGUCACCACAUAUUUUCACUAUAGGUCAUUCAGUUUGAUAUUUAUUAGUUUGUAUUUUAGAUAGAAAAUUUGUUAUGUUGUUUUGAGAAGGUACAGGUACAUAAUAUUUGACCAACUUUAGGCAAAAAUACUUCAGGUCAUUGAAAUUUUUCACUGCAUAAUGUGAAUGCAUCUACACAAUGUAUUUUUCUUUUAUUUUAUCUCAACAUUCUGUUUUGAAGAGGUGUUUAUUUAAUUAACUUGAGGCAAAACAUGUUUAAUUCAUACUAUUUUCAAAGCUUUGUUGUAGUAUAAUUUCUAAAAAAUUUUGUAAAAAAUAUUCAUGUCAAACCUUUUUUAAAAAUUUGUUUUGUUUUGUUUAUGUGAUUAUGUUUUGUGAUACAUAGUAAUUAAGAAUGUUAUUUAAAUUUAUUGGAAUAUAUAU